GGAAAGGGGCGGGGCGUCGUGCGCGGGAGCCGCUUCCUGCCUCGGGCGGCCUCGGCGGGCAGCGGAGUCGACCGGAGCGCCGGUCCGCCGAAGAUUUGCUGUGCUGGUGUGGUAUGGAGAUACAUUCCCUGCAUCUAAGGACUGUUCAGUGUAAUAUCAUAUAUAUCGUAUGACAAACCAGAACAUGAAAAAUACCACAGUAGAUAUGUAGAUAGUUGUUAAUAAAAACAGAUAUGAAGCUUUGACAACCUGGAGGAGGAUGGCUGAUUCUGACCCUGGGGAAAGAAACUACGACAACAUGCUGAAAAUGCUCUCAGAUCUGAAUAAGGACUUGGAAAAGCUGUUGGAAGAGAUGGAGAAGAUCUCAGUGCAGGCGACCUGGAUGGCCUAUGACAUGGUGGUGAUGCGCACCAACCCCACACUGGCAGAGUCCAUGCGCCGGCUGGAAGACGCCUUCCUCAACUGCAAGGAGGAGAUGGAGAAGAACUGGCAAGAGAUGCUCAGAGAGACCAAGCCCAAGCAGUAGACCCCCCCACCCCCGGCCCCACAGCCACCCUCCCCCGCUGCCUGGGUGGAGAGCCGGCGUCCCAGGUGUGCAGUUGUAUCAGAGUGUUAUUGCCCAAUAAACCUAUUUUCAAGCAUG